AUGGGCCACACCCCUAGGGUGGAAAUAACAGCUCUUGAAGAGCCCCAGAAGGUCAGAAUGACAGCUAGAAGUGGUUCUGGGGCCGAGGCAUCGGGGCUGGUCAACACCCUCCAAGGCCAUGUCGAUGAUAUUCGCACUCUAAUACAGUGUGGUAUAUGCAUCCGUCCUCUUUACGAACCGUUUACUAUCGCCUGCGGGCACACUUUCUGCUACUCAGUUCGGGCUGUUGUGCAGAUGUUCACAGGUCGAGCUGAGCUUUUAGACAAGGGAGAAACGACCACAGAGCAUACAAAGAACCAAAGGGACGAAGCAGAAAGACUAGACCAAGAUAAGGCCAAUAAUCAUCCAACCGAAGGAGGUCUAUUCGGGGGUCUUUUCAAGCCCAAAGCUCCCCCACCCAAACCUUUCGUUGACACUGAGGACGGAGUCGUUCGAUGUCCGCUCUGCUCGUGGGAAUUAGAAGGAGACAAUUGCGCAGGAUGCGGCUAUCGAUACCGGCCGGGUUCUGAGGAGACGGAUGACAGUGACUCAGCCGACUUCAGUGAGACUGACCUAGACUCGCUGGAUGAUGAUAUGGAUGAGGAAGAGGAAGAGGGCGAGGGCGAGGGCGAGCUAGGGGGAUCUGACCACUUCGACGACAUCGACGACCAUGAUGGUGUUUGGGGAAACUUUGCGCUUCACUAUUACGGGCCUACCUUCCCUGGACGCCCUAACUGGCCCUCAGGUGCUGGCCGGCAGCUUUUCGAUCGCCUUGAAAACUUGAUGGAUGGACCUGGCAUGAUCCCAUUGGCACCGCCGGUCCCAAUGGGUCAUGGCAACUAUUUCGUUUCAGGUAACACCAAUGGGACUGAAUACGACGAAGAAGAGGAAGAGGAAGAAGGCGAAGAGGAGAAUGAGUAUGACGAGUCAGACUCAUUCAUCGAUGCUGAAAACGACCACCCGCCCACAAGUUCCUUCAUUGAAAGUGAUGCCCAUCGCCUCGGGAGUGGCGAUAUGUAUGAAUCUGAAUCAGACCGUUCCACCGGUACCGUUGUAGAUGAUGUUGAGGGUGGCCACCAUCCCAUACCGACUGGGCUUAAUUACAGAAACACCACACCUUACUUUGACGACGAGGCUUCUGAGGAAGAGGACGAAGAGGAAGUCUCAGGGGAAUCGGACGAUAGAGAGAUGGUCGAGGAAGAUUCGGAAGAUUCGGAAGAAUCUGACGAAGACGCAAUCCAGACGGCACCGCCUCGUCAAGCUCGUCUACAAUAUCCACAGCAGUCCCCCUGGUUCCAAGCCCCCAGCAAUGCUCCAUGGCUUACCGCGAGGCCUCCACCUGAAUCAAUUCCUGACUCAUCCGAGGAAGAGGAAUCUUCGCCGCCUGUUAGGCCUGCUAGAUCAACUGCGCGCCGUUCUAUCCACAAUGGGACCACUGCCCACAAUGCGAUCACCCUCGAUGAUUCCGACGAAGACCAGCCUGUCGGUCCAGUGAGAAGAACUACACAGAGGCGACGUGCUAGGUUCUCCCCAUAUUAA